CGUAAUCACGCAGGCACGCGGAAACAGAUGCAGCUGUAGGAGAAAGCUUCGCAGCGCUCGCUCGCUCUGACACUGCAGCGUCUCUACGUCAGGGCCGGACUCGGAGUCACCCUAUCUCCCAGUUUUCAGUUUUUAACACUACUCCAAGUGUUACUCUGUCAGCUCUGCCAGAAUGGUUGUACUUUCUAAGGAGUACGGCUACGUUGUCCUGACUGGUGUUGCCAGCAUGAUCAUGAUUGGACACCUGGCCAUCAAAGUGGGAAAAGCCCGGAAGAAGUACAACGUGCUGUACCCAAAAAUGUACAGUGAUGAUCCAGAACAUGGACACAUCUUCAACUGCAUCCAGCGUGCACACCAGAACACGCUGGAGGUUUACCCCCCCUUUCUCUUCUGCCUGGCAAUUGGUGGUUUGCAUUGCCCCCGCCUAGCGAGUGGACUCGGAGCCGUGUGGAUCGUUAGCAGAGAGGUGUACGCACAUGGAUACUCCAGUGGAGAUCCCAAGAAGAGGAUGAGGGGUGCGUUUGGCAACGUUGCCUUGUUGGGGCUGAUGCUGACCACUCUGAGCUACGGGGGCCACCUGCUGGGCUGGUCGGGACCGACGCGCCCGCGGCUGUUCGGGGCUGCAUCCUGCCACUAAUGAUUUAGAUUUGCUGAUGUCGGCAAUCAA